ACAACUGGACUGAGUUCAGACAGACGAAUAGUUGAAUACAACAAGAUGGCCGGAGUAUGUUUACUGGUCUUCACCGCUGCUUUGCUGCUGGAGAUCCACGGACACCCUGCUGUGACUACAGAGGGGCACUCAGGAUCCGUGUUUGUGUCUCAGCAAGUCGCCAAAGCGGUGUUGAUUCGCCAGCGCAGGCACAACAGCGGCAAACUAGAAGAAGUGCUUUACAAAGACAACCUUGAGCGGGAGUGUAUUGAGGAAAUGUGCUCGAGGGAGGAGGCCAGGGAGUGGUUUGAGAAUGAGGACCAAACUACGGAAUUCUGGGCCAACUACAUCGAUGGAGACCAAUGCAAACCACCUCCUUGCCAAAAUGGAGCUUCAUGUACGGAUGGAGUCGGCACAUAUACCUGCUGGUGCGACGCAAAUUUCAGCGGCAAGAACUGCGAGAUUGAGGUGACCAAGCAAUGUUCAGACAACAACGGAGGAUGUGCUCAUUUCUGUGUGAUGAAGGGGGAGAUACCUGUGUGUCGCUGUGCGGCUAAUUACACAAUCGGAGCAGACAAGAAGAGCUGUGAAUCAACAGGACCGUUCAGCUGUGGCCGCGUGGGUCCAUCUUCCUCACCUGGUGGCAGGUCUGCCUUAGCCCCCCGGUCCUCAGGCCUGACUAACAGCACAGAGACCCUGCUGGAUGAAGACAUAAGCGACUAUAUAUCUCACAUGUAUGAUGACUAUGAUUUACCUACAAGUGACCCACAGACAUCUAACAUCAGUGAAGUAUUCAAACGUUCAGUGAGGUCAGAUCCAGGCCUCCCUACGGAUCUACAACAGGCUGUUGUGAGCGAAGGGGAGGAGAGCGGUGUCACUGAAAAGCAGCGGCCUUUCUGGGCUUUCCCCACCAUGCCCACCAUCAGAGCAGAGGAAAACUCAGACCAGAGGAUUGUGGGUGGAAACGAGGCAAAGCCUGGAGAGAUACCAUGGCAGGUCGCUCUGAUGUAUUGGUCACCUGCUCAAGGUAGAGCACUGCCUUUCUGUGGAGGAUCUCUGCUCAGUGAAUUAUGGGUAAUCACUGCUGCUCAUUGCCUGGUCCAGGCUGAUAUGGAACAAAAAGCUUUCUUUAUCAGAGUGGGUGAGCAUGAUGUGACCAAACCCGAGGGUCCAGAGCGAGACUAUACGGUGGCAGAGCGGCAUGUCCAUCAUAGAUACAAUUUCAAUGAGUCACCACAUGACCACGAUAUUGCCCUGCUGAAGCUCGCCACUCCAGUGGAGCUUUCCAACGAGCGACGUCCCAUCUGCCUGGGCCCCAAAGACUUCACAGAGAAGUUACUGGUUGACUCCAGGUCUUCUCUGGUGAGCGGUUGGGGAAAGACAAUAUUCCAGGGCAGAGAGGCCACCAAGCUAAACAAGCUUCAGGUCCCACACGUGGAUCGCACUGUCUGCAAAGAAAGCACUCAGCAACGGGUGACACGCUUCAUGUUUUGCGCUGGCUACCAGAGUGCCAAUAAGGAUGCAUGCCAGGGGGACAGUGGAGGACCGCAUGCUACCAAUUUCAAAGGCACCUGGUUCCUGACGGGCAUCGUCAGCUGGGGGGAGGAGUGUGCAAAAGCUGGGAAGUAUGGCGUCUAUACUCGAGUGUCAUUGUACUACCCUUGGAUCAGAAGGACAACGGGGUUAUGAAUCAACUGAAAAAUAUACUUUAGAGUAGCUCAAUGAUAAAUCAGCUGACAGCAAACAAGACAGACCGUAGCAUCUGUCUGUAGCCUCCAUGGAAGAAAAAAGUCCUCUGCUGACUAACCAUGAAAGUCCUUGUGUUUAUUUUCAACACUUCAAUAAAGUGAAAUAAAAAUAGAAGAG